GAUCUUCAUCACAGAGAAAAGUUGCUCACACAAAUAUGCUCCAUGUUGAGGACUUUAGCACACAACGAUUCUUGGUGUAUUAUGCAGUGAUAUGCUAUCAACUGCCCACUACAGUUUUCUUGGAUAUGUGACCGCAUCCUUGCAACUAUAGUCUACUCUUUCACUCUUUGGGCCGCACAUCGCUGGUACUCCAUCUGUUGUCGUGUGCAGAUGGUCCAUUCUUCUCUUCCCUAUCAAAUAUUGCUGUAUCUGAACAGCUGGUAUUUUGCAUUUUUUGUUUCUUGUGAACUUCUCAUUUUUGUGUAUAAAGGUGAGACAUUACCAUUUGGCAGUGGAGUGCUUGCCGCAGAAAUCAUUCUUAUUUUUCUCAUGGUGGGAAUUGAGUCUUUUAGAAUUUUCUUUGGAAAGAAAGGAAACCUCAUGGAACAAAUCACCGGAAUGGUGAUUUCCAUCCUUUUGAGUGUACCAGCUCUUUUUGGUGCCGUGUUUUUGCUGCUGUGGCAAACAUAUGUGCUCAGAAUAGAGAUAAUAUUAUCUGGUGUUCAGCUGGCACUAAUUUGUGUUGAGCUCAUUUUUGGUAUAAUCUCAAUCAUCACAUUUGCAAGAGCUAGCCAUUACUGAAAGGCAUCUUCCAUCAACACUGAGCCUGGGCAAACUGCUACAGAUCAGGCUACUUCGCUGUGAAAUAGCCUUAGUUGUUUACUCCAUGUAAAGACCAUUUCUUCCCUCCCCUCCCUAUCUUCUGAACAAACUGUAUUUAAAUUGAGUUAAUGUAUUCUCAUAGAAUUGAUCUUACCUUAGACUUUAGAGUAUAGUGUGCUUUUGAUCAAAUAUAUGUGGAAUGAUCUGCAAUAAUUUGAUAUAUAUUAAUAUAUACUUUAGAUUAAGAGCUUGUGUCAGUCUUGCUGCAGCCCCCAUGCUGUCAUCGACAGAUACAUGAUUCGAGAAUAUUCGAGAGAUUGAUAAAGAUGGAAAGAGAAACAAGACCAAACAAAAACUCAUUCCAUACGGAGCUGCGGUAGCCCGUUCGACCUCGGUGCACGCAGCAGAGAAUUAAAUCUCGACUGGUAUUUUUAAAAAAAUUAUAUUUAAUAUCCUACAUUAACAACAACUAUGUGUGAUACUCCGUUUUAAAGAUCAUUUAAAAUAGAUUUACGUGGUGUACAUUUUAACAAAUAUACGUUUUGUUGUCUUGUAGUAAAAUCAACUGAAAGACUGUAACUGUAUCGGACCGAGAACUCACAAAAUGGGGCCGUAGGUCAAAAGUUCGACAAUCAGAAAAAAUAUUUAUAAAAUAUAUACACACACAAAAGCACAAAACAGGCAUAUAUUUAAUGAGAAUAUACCUUUGAAUUUUAAUAUUA